AUGUGGACCCUAAUGUUGCAGUUCUUUUCCACUGUGCUUCAGUUACGCCUGUCAAUGACCAAGGACAAUGAGACGGCGGUCCCAGUUGAUAUGAGCGCAAACGCCUUACCAUGCUAUGUAAUGGAACAUGCACCACUUGUCUGGCUGCAUAGCCAGGAGACGUACAUGCCAUCUGAUAUCGGGCAACAGCUUGUACAUACGAACCCCAUGGUGAACUGGGCAAUAAUCAAAGCGGCACCAUCGCCGCUAACACUCAAUAACCUUGCUGGCCUCAACAAGCUGGGAAACACCAGUGCUUACCUGACUUCCAAAGAGGGCAUUGACGCUGAUCCGCAGCCAGCAUGGCUUCAUGGUGUGACGCCAAAUGCGAAUAGCAAAACAGAAGGCGCCGUCUCGUCGACAAUCAUCACGCGUGACCACGGAGACGGGACGCUGGAUGCAUUUUACUUUUAUUUCUAUGCGUAUAACCAAGGAAACACGGUAGUGGGCAUGCAAUUUGGUAAUCACAUUGGGGACUGGGAGCAUAAUAUGAUCCGUUUCAAAAACGGAAAACCGCAAGCACUCUGGUAUAGCCAACAUGCAGGAGGCGAAGCCUUCACUUACGACGCAACGGAAAAGAAAGGCAAACGACCGAUCGCAUACUCUGCAAAUGGCACGCACGCCGUAUACGCAGUACCUGGCUCCCACGACCACACCAUCCCCCACUUCAACCUUCCCGUCGGACCAGUAAUGGACUACACCGAUAGAGGAGUGCUAUGGGAUCCUGUCGCAAGUGCAUACGCAUAUAGUUUCGACGCAUCCAGUCAGACGUUCCAGCCCUACGACUUGCGGUAUCCAGUCAACUGGCUACAAUUUAACGGACAGUGGGGAGACGACGCAUUGCCGGGAGGUCCGGAGCUGUUUGGGCAAGCGAAAUACACUGCGGGCCCCAACGGGCCAAAAUUCAAAGAACUUGUACGGUCGAAUGUGUGUCCAAACAGUCCAUGCGUUGUCCUGCCUUUCCGUAUCUGGAAUGAAAGCGAGAUACUGGACGAGUGA